AUGGCCACAGGAAACCACAGCAUUGUAACUGAGUUCAUCCUCCUGGGACUGCCUGCUCAGCCACACAUCCAGGCGUUGCUCUUUGUGCUGUUCUUGGGGGUUUACCUUCUGACCUUCACGGGGAACCUGUUGAUGAUACUGGUGAUCAGGACUGAUUCUCAGAUCCAUGCCCCCAUGUACUUCUUCCUCAGUCACCUCUCUUUCCUGGAUCUUUGCUUAACAUCAGUCAUUGUGCCCAAAAUGUUGGACAAUCUUCUGUCCCAGAGAAAAUCAAUCUCAGUAGAAGGCUGCCUGACUCAGGUUUUUUUUAUAUUUUCCACCGCAGGAAUUGAAGCUUUUCUGCUCUCAGUGAUGGCCUAUGACCGUUAUGCUGCCAUCUGCCACCCCCUGCUCUAUGGCCAGAUGAUGACCAGACAGUUGUGUGGGGGUCUGGUAUGGGCCUCAUGGGGACUGGGCUUUCUGGAUGCUCUCAUUAACACCCUCAUGGCUUGGAAUUUGGACUUCUGUGAGGCUCGUGUCAUGCCUCACUUCAGCUGUGAGCUGCCCUCUCUGUUUUCUCUGUCCUGCUCUGAUGUCUCUGCCAACUUUGCAGUCCUGCUGGGCUCCACCCUCCUGCAUGCCCUUGGGACCUUCCUUUUGGUCUUUUUCUCUUACACCCGCAUUGUCUCCACUAUCCUGAGCAUCAGCUCCACUACAGGCAGAAGCAAGGCCUUCUCCACCUGCUCCUCUCAUCUCACUACUGUGAUUUUGUUCUAUGGAUCUGGUUCUCUUCGCUAUCUCAUACCAACCUUAAGUUCUCCGAUGGACUUGAUUUUUUCCAUCCAGUACAGUGUGGUCACUCCCCUAGUGAAUCCCUUUGUCUACAGCCUGAAGAACAAGGAAGUAAAAGCAUCUCUGAAUAGAAUGUUGAGAAAGGUUUGCAACAUUUUAGAUAGCAGAGGUCAGGCAGGGAAUGAUUGGAAAACAGAGUAA